UAGCACGAGCAUUCCUGGCGCAUCCUGUACCCGAUUCCUCUCACUUGCGGUAGGCGGUAACCUAUAAAUCUUCCCGCGUCCGCAUUAUUCGUCCCUCCUCGACUUCUCUUCCCCUCUGCACCGAUCCUCCAGAAAAAGAAGAAUCAGUCUCCCCCACGACCAACGACGCCUCCUCUACUUCUCCCCCAUUUCAAUCCCUUAUUUACCAACAACGCCCCCAUAUUCAUGACAACUCCCUCCCCCGAUAUUAAUUCUCCCUCUCGCAACCCCUUCUCCCUUUGCUCAAACCAAACCCACCAACCGAAACCCAUCAAAACUUGAUCUUUCCCCCACGAUCGAUCGAUCGAAACCACCAUGGGAUCAAGCAAAGGCAUCACCUUUUACCUCGCCGAACACCCUUCAAUCGUCGGAUUCCGUUGGUCGCCGGAGAAAUCAUGGGGAUCCACUUGGUCCUUUCUCAUCUGUUCCAUCGCCCUCUACCACGCCGCCGCCAUCCUCCUCCACCUCCUCCUCCACCUCUUCCGCCGCCGCCGUCCCGUUCCUCUGGGCCCCAUCCCGGCUCUUCACUCCCUAGCCAUGGUCCUAACAUCCGCCACCAUAUUCCUCGGCAUCCUUCUAUCCUCCCUCGCGGAGAUCCGCGAUACGCGCUGGUUCUGGAGACGGAUUCAGAUAUCCAACCCGCUUCACUGGUUCCUCUGUUUCCCCAUCGGCACUCGCCCUUCCGGCCGCGUUUUCUUCUGGUCUUAUGUUUUCUACCUCUCGCGCUUCUUGCAUUUGAUGCGUAGCUUCUUCUCAAUCCUCCGAAGACGACCGAACGCGUUCUCGCGUCUAUUUGCGCAUUCCGCGCUUGUCUGUAUGUCAUUCCUUUGGCUUGAAUUCUCACAGAGUUUUCAGGUUCUGGCGAUCCUUUCUUCCACGCUCGCCCAUGUGGUUGUUUUCGGCUACCGUUUCUGGGUCGGCGUUGGCUUGCCGGUGGCUGAAGGGGCAGGAUUUGUGGUGGUUCUCGGCUGCCAGGUGGCGGUGCUCUGCUGCAAUUUAAUUUGCCAUUUUGGGGUGAUUCUGUUGCAUUUUGGGAGAGGAGGGUGUAGUGGGAUUGGGGCAUGGAUGUUCAAUUCGUUUCUUAACGCGGGUUUGUUGGUUGUGUUCUUGAACUUUUAUGUGCUGAAGAAGGGAAUUGAGGAGGAGGAUUUAGGCAACGGCCGGCAAGCAGAGGAGUCGAUCAUGGCGGCGCAGGAGACGACUGCGGCGGCGAAGGAGGAAUAGUAAGGAUGUUAAAGGGAACGGACAUCAUUGGAUUGUGGAAACGUUGAUUGGUUGAAAAAGAAAGUUUUUCUUUUUUUUAAAUUUUUUUUUUCCUUAUAUUUGUUUUUACAAAGAGAUAUAGGGUAAAUGCAUAUAUUGUGAGUUUAAUCUUCCUCUUGUUUUAGUCCUUGUGGAAAUGAUGAAGCGGAGUAAGGAGAAGGCCCCCAUUUUGUAUAGAACUGUAUAUAUUUUGUGAUGACUGAGUAAAUGUUGUGUAAAUUUUGUUGUGAUAUAUCA